ACGUCAUUGGAACCACCAAUCAGUCUGUUAAGAUGCCAUCCAAUCAUGGCCUGCAUCUCAGCUUCAGAAUGGUCACCUUCUCCAACAACGUGGAGCCUGCAAAUGGUUUCCUAGUGCGUUACUUGCACAGGAAGUUGAUCGAAACGGAGGAUGAAAGCACAGUUCACAGCGCUGAGGUGCUGAGGGUUCUGGACUGGGUGCCUAAACUCUGGUACCAUCUCCAUACCUUCCUGGAGAAACACAGCACCUCUGACUUCCUCAUAGGUCCCUGCUUCUUCUUGUCUUGCCCAGUAUCAUUAGCGGAGUUUCGCUCCUGGUUUAUUGAUCUCUGGAACCAGUCCAUUAUUCCUUAUCUUCAGGAGGGAGCUAAGGAUGGUGUGAAGGUAAGCUGCUCAUAGGCAUCUGACAACAGAAGAAGGGAUGUCUAACCCUGCUCAUGGAUGGCCACCAUCCAGCAGAGUUCAGCUCCAACACUAACUAAACGCUUCAAGCUCUUCUGGAUUACUAGAAACUGU